AGAAAGAAGGUUGUGCUGUGUGUUUGUAUGUGAGCUGCCUGCAUGUGAACGCUGCAGUGCUCCCUUGAGGAGGAGCACUGUUGCAGAAGACGAACAGGAAAAUCCAAGGUCAUCACAGCACGCUUCUCUCUGACGUUUACCUUCCCUUUCUCAGCCCCCUUUUUUGUGCGCGUGUGUACAUGCCUGUUCGUGUGUGUGUGUCUGCACAGCAGGGAGAGUGUGUGUAAUUCAUUGCAUCAAGCCAGGCUCUGCACCAAUCACGGUGCGCAUUUUAGCUCCAAGCACACGUGCAGGCAUCCAUGCCAGAGAGAGUGGUGUGACUGUGUGUAUUUGUGUCUGCUUCCAGUGCCUCUCGGCACAGCAGUUUGUCUGUUUAAGAGACUGAAGCUGCACUUAGGAAACAAAAACGUCUGUAGUGAGGAACUCCAACACCAGGAGUGAUGUACGGGGUUUGCGGUUGUUGCGGGGCUCUCCGGCCUCGGUACAAGAGACUGGUAGACAACAUCUUCCCAGAAGACCCCGAGGAUGGUCUGGUGAAGGCCAACAUGGAAAAGCUGACAUUUUACGCCCUGUCAGCUCCGGAGAAGCUCGACCGUAUCGGAGCGUACCUGUCUGAGAGACUGUCGAGGGACGUGGCCCGACACAGAUACGGGUAUGUGUGCAUAGCGAUGGAAGCCCUGGACCAGCUGCUGAUGGCCUGCCACUGUCAGAGCAUCAACCUGUUUGUGGAGAGUUUCCUUAAGAUGGUGCGCAAGCUAUUGGAGUCAGACAAACCCAGCCUGCAGAUCCUAGGAACCCAUUCUUUUGUGAAGUUUGCCAACAUAGAGGAGGAUACGCCUUCGUACCAUCGCAGCUAUGACUUCUUUGUGUCCCGCUUCAGUGAGAUGUGCCACUCCAGCUACGAGGACCCUGACAUCCGCACAAAGAUACGCAUGGCAGGUAUCAAGGGUCUGCAGGGUGUGGUGAGGAAGACUGUGAAUGAUGAGCUGCAGGCCAACAUCUGGGACCCUCAGCACAUGGACAAGAUCGUCCCCUCGCUGCUUUUCAACCUCCAGAGUGGAGAGCGGACAGAGAGCCGCUCCCCGUCUCCGCUGCAGGCGUCGGAGAAGGAGAAGGAAAGCCCAGUUGAGCUGACGGAGCGCUGCUUCAGGGAGCUGCUGGGACGAGCCGCCUAUGGAAACAUCAAGAACGCUGUCACGCCCGUGCUGAUGCACUUAGAUAACCACUCUCUAUGGGAGGGGAAGACCUUUGCAGUGCGUUGCUUCAAAAUCAUUAUGUACUCCAUACAGUCCCAGCACUCUCAUCUGGUAAUCCAGCAGCUUCUCGGUCACCUGGAUGCAAACAGCAAGAAUUCAGCCACAGUGCGAGCUGGGAUAGUGGAAGUGUUGCUGGAGGCAGCAGCCAUUGCAGCCAGCGGCUCUGUAGGUCCCACAGUACUGGAGGUGUUUAACACUCUGCUGCGGCAGCUCCGCCUGAGCGUCGAUUACGAGCUCACCGGCUCUUAUGAUGGCAGCACCAACAUCGGCACAAAGAUCAUCAAAGCCCACGAGGAGAGGCAGCUGCAGGAGGCUGUCAUCAGAACCAUUGGUUCAUUUGCAAACACUCUUCCAACAUACCAGAGGUCAGAGGUCAUGCUCUUCAUCAUGGGCAAGAUCCCUGUGCCUGGGGUUCACCCAGCUCUGACCUCCACAAGCUCUGGGCCUGAAGGCACCAGGAUGAUUCAGGUUAUGUUACUGAAGUCCUUGGUUCAGGUGACAGCAGGUUACCAGACCACCAACAUGCUGACAGCACUGCCCAGCUCCUUCCUGGAGCCUCUGCUGUCCUUCUCUCUAACAGAGGAUCCGGAGCUUCGGCUGCUGGUGCUCCAGAUCCUUCUCAGUCUGAUCGACAGGCACGAGAACACACCCAAGUUCUCCAAUAUCAGCAUCCUCGCAGACAUCUCUGUGCUCAAACUCAAAGUCGACAAAUGUUCCAGGCAGGACAACUUGUUCAUGAAGAAGCAUGGCCAGCAGCUGUAUCGACACAUCUACCUGGGUUGUAAGGACCAGAGCAGCGGUCGGCAGCACUACGAGACCCUGUUCACUCUGCUGGGUCUUCUGAGCGUGGAGCUGGCAGUCGAAGAGGUGGUGGUGGACCUCAUUCGCCUGGCACUAGCCUUGCAGGACCUGGCGCUCUCCACAGACGAGGCUCUGCCUGUUUAUAACCGCUGUGCUGUUCAUGCCCUCGCCGCCGCCUACCUCAACCUCAUCUGCCAGCUCACCACAGUGCCGGCCUUCUGCCAGCACAUCCACGAGGUAAUCGAGGCGAGACAGAAAGAAUGUCCUCAUCUUUUGCCUGAAGACGUCUUCAUUGACAAUCCAAAGCUGCCUUCUUCACUGGAGAAGGUGGAAGGGGAUGUGUUGUUUCUCCAGUCGAAGAUCACCGAGGUCCUGGGAGGCAGUGGCUAUAACACGGAGAGACUGGCUACACCUUAUGUCCCGCAGUUUACUGAUGAGGACCGACUGUCCAAGAGGAAGAGUAUUGGGGAGACCAUCUCACUACAAGUGGAAGUAGAGUCCCGAAACAGUCCAGAGAAAGAGGAGCGGACCCCAGCAGAGGAGAUAACAUUUGAAACCCUGAAAAAUGCAAUCGUGGACAGUGUGGGUAUGGAGGAGCAGGAGAGGGAGCGGAGAAGACAAGUGGUGGAGAAGUUUCAGAAGGCCCCCUUCGAGGAGAUAGCUGCCCACUGCGGUGCCAGGGCUACACUACUGCAGAGCAAACUCAAUCAGAUCUUUGAGAUUACAAUCAGACCCCCGCCGAGCCCAUCUGGAACCAUUUCAUCAGGCUAUGGCCAAACCCAGAGUCGAUCUGUUCCCAUCUACGAGAUGAAGUUUCCUGACCUUUGUGUGUACUAGACCUGAAAAUCCAUUGCAAACAUACUGAACUGUUUUAGCAUUAGAGGAAAGGAACAUGAUUUGGAUGGGUGGGGUGGAGGGGGUUGGGAGGGGGGGCGCACAGUUACUCACUGUAAAGGCAUCGUGACCAUUAAAUAGAACAACAGCAGACUGAAGAACAAGCCCUGAUUAACUUAGUGGAAUGAAAUAAUGGCUAAUUAAUCUUCUGAAUGCAGCCUAAAAAAGCUUGCCAACUUAAGAAGAAAAGACAACAAAGCAGUAAAACAUAGUUUCAUUUUAACAUUUUAACUCUUUCCUCAUUAGAUGUCUGUAGAAACUCCACUGGUUGGAUUUUCAAAUUAAAAGUUGCAGGGCAAUGUGAGGAUAAAAUGAAGUGACAGAACUGGAAGUUACUUCUUUGGUUUUAGAAAGAUACUUAAGUUGCAUGUUUUUUAACUGGACAUUUUUUUAUAGCUCUGCAACUUUCUGACAUCCCCCCCCCCCCCCCCCCCCCCCGUUAAGGUCUUUAAAAGGUUGCCAUAGUAACACUUGAAAAGAAACAAGAUUGUCCAUUCUAUUAAUUUAUCUUUUUUUUAUGCUAAACUUUGUUCUAUUGUUUGUUGACUUUAUGACCGUAAAGAGAGUGUAUGAUUUAGAUGAAUCUAAAUGAACUUUUUGUGUAAAUUUAAUUGAAAUAUUGAUAGAUAUAUUUAAAUAUGAUGCUAUUCCUUUCGUUCCCCGUGUUACCACACUCCAGAAAAUAUUUCUCCAGUGUUUUAAUGCUUUCAUGUUUUUCUGUUUUGCCUUUUUAGCAUUAGCCAAAAGUGCUUUUUCUUUUAUGACUGGUAUUUAUUUCUUGCACCUAUUUUGUUUUCUUUUAAUUAUUUAUAGAUUGCUAAUUCAAUGAGGGAUAACCGUCAAUCUGUGUGCUAUCCUCCCAAAGUGAGUGUGCCUUACAGGUGACUCAAGUUAAAACAGUACCAUACACUGCACCAGUCACGUCCGGUCACUAAACUUCUGAAUCAUGUUUACCAGAAACACUAGGAGACAAUUAAGCAUCCUUUAUUUUUCUCCUUUCCAUAUAAAUGUGUAUAUACAGAGAACUAUAUAAAUCUUUAAGCUGAUGUACAGUGUAGGGUUGUGUUGGUGUGUAUAUAUCCUGUAUAUGAAUUCUAAUUUUAGACUGCCACUGCACUGAUUGUGUCCAUGAAUUAUGAAAAAAACGUAUUUAGAAUUCAGAUGUGAAAAUUUGUCGGCAAAUAAUUAACAAGCACCUCAUGAAUCAAAAGGUGAAUUCUCAAUGGUGUGAACAGCUCACAGCAGAGGCCUUAAUCAUCUCGAGGCCAGUAGAUAACACUAGUGAAGGCUGAAAGCAUCCUGCUCAACUAUGAAUUAACCAAUCUUUGCAGAAAAAAGGUUUUCUCUCGCAAAUUCUAAGACAGCACCACAGUCAUGACUUUGAUUGAUGACAUCACACCCUAAGUCCUGCUGCAACAACUUUGCACUCUUUUUACUCCACACUGCUACUGCUGCAGCAUCCGAACUGUCCAUCUUUCUCAUUCAGCAACAUAUAAAUAAGUCUAAAAGCCAUUUUGUGUGCAUGCACACACACAUCACACACACACACACACACACACACACACACACACACACACACACACACACACACACACAGAUAAAGAGAAGUACCAUGGCAAUAAUUUGGCACUAGCCUGGCUAAUAGCCCAACCGUUAGUAGCAGAUGCUUUUCUGUGUUUGAACUUGUACCUUCUGUGCUGUGACGGUUCGGUUUUGUUAAGUUGUGAGAAAAAGUCCCUCCUUCUUCGCACCUGGGCUUCUGUGAAAUAACUGCAUUUCAUGUGGAAGUGUCUCAAGCAUCUUGUUUGAAGUAAAAAGUCUGUCUGGUUUGUCCCUGAUUGUCAAGUGUUACAGUCCAGUUUGUUUUAUUUUUAUUCUUUCUUACAAUGCGAUUUCCCGUGUAUGCAUAUUUCUGUUCACACACAUGCCAGUGUAUCUGAUCGUCUUCAUGUUUACCCUUGUUGUCACUGCAGGUGUGUGUGUUCACAUGUCCAUUUGAAAAACUAUCAUCAAUGUCCAUGACCAAACUCUUCAAACACAGUUUACAGUUUUUUGUGCGGCCACAUUUGUAAAGAGCGAGCUAAGUGAACGCAACAUACAGCUGUCUAAAACCUUCCAGUGACACCUUGUUUGUCAAAUUGUCUUUUUCAGCAUCUUGCGACUUUGCGGUGAAGACCUGUAAAUCUACCAGUGUGCUCGUCGUCAUUGCAUAGCGUAAUGUAAUAUUAACUGACGGUAAUCCAAUCUUACUUUUGUCAUUACAUGUCUGGUUAAUAGAUCUGUUUACAAAGUAGUGCUGUAGGUCAAAUCUAUUCAUUCUGUGAACUUUGCACUUUAAAAACUGGAUAACCUAGUGACAAAGGCAGCUUUUACAUGGAGAAAAUGCCUUAUGAGUGCCAUACCUGACUUUGCAUGCUAGUAGUGUUGAUGUAUUGUACAAUAAAAUUGUCGGUAACCAUAAGCAAUCUGA